AUGGAGCCGAAGAUUGAGUUACAGAAGAAAAUGACUGAAAAUGGCGAAGAGAAGAAGCGAAAUGGGAACAAGUACAAAAAGAAACAGCUUGGAGGAGUUAGAACAAUGCCAUUUAUCCUAGCAAAUGAAAUAUGUGAUAGAUUUGCUGGUGCUGGAUUUUAUGCAAAUAUGAUCACAUAUCUCACUCAAGUGCUGAAUUUGCCUUUGGUAAAGGCAUCCAACACCCUCACUAAUUUUGGUGGAACUUCUAGCUUUACCCCUCUUAUUGGUGCUUUUAUUGCUGACUCCUUCGCUGGCAGAUAUUGGACAAUUGUUGUGGCUUCUAUUAUAUAUGUCCUGGGGAUGGUUAGCAUCACUUUAUCGGCGGUCCUGCCUAAGCUCCGUCCCCCACCGUGUCCGAGUCAGGUGAAUUGCCAAGAAGCCUCCUCCCUGCAGCUGUGGGUACUUUACAUUGCUCUCCUCUUAACCUCUUUAGGCACUGGUGGCAUUAGGCCUUGUGUAGUUACAUUUGCUGCAGACCAGUUUGAUAUGACCAAAGCACAAACAGAUUCAAGAAGUUGGAAUUUCUUUAAUUGGUACUAUUUCUGCAUGGGAAUGGCCUCUCUAACUGCUUUAACUGUUGUGGUUUAUAUCCAAGACAAUGUGAGUUGGGGUUGGGGCCUUGGAGUUCCAACUAUUGUGAUGGGUAUAUCGAUAGUGGUUUUCGUUUUAGGCUCCCGUCUGUAUAAGAAAAUUAAACCGGGAGGUAGCCCUUUUGUUAGAGUGACACAGGUAAUCGUCGCAGCUGUCAAGAAACGAAAUGCUGUCACGCCAAAUGACCCUCACCUCCUGUACGAAAACAAGGAGCUUGAUGCCGCUAUCUCUAUUAAUGGGAGGCUUCUGCACUCCGAUCAAUUCAAGUGGUUAGAUCAUGCUGCUAUAGUCACUGAUUCUGAUAUAAAUGAAUCAAAUCAACCAAAUCUGUGGAGGCUAGCUACUGUGCACAGAAUUGAAGAAUUGAAGUCCAUCAUCCGAAUGCUACCUAUAUGGGCAGCCACAAUACUACUCGUCGCUUCACACUCCCAUUUAGGCAGUUUUACGAUCCAACAAGCUCGUAGCAUGGAUCGCCAUCUGUCCCCCUCUUUCCAGAUACCACCAGCAAGCAUGUCGAUAUUCAGUACCCUAACCGUCCUCAUCGGCCUACCUCUAUACGAGCGCCUUUUCGUCCCUUUAGCUCGUCGAUUCACAGGCAAUCCAGUGGGCAUAACAUGCCUACAACGAAUGGGGAUAGGCUUCGGCGUCAACAUUAUCGCAACUAUAGCUUCAGGCUUUAUUGAAAUCAGACGAAAAACAGCAGCAGCACAAAAUAACCUUUUGGACCAACCAACUGCAGUCAUUCCUAUAACUGUCUUUUGGCUACUUCCACAGUAUUGCCUUCACGGAUUAGCCGAGGUUUUCAUGUCGGUCGGCCACCUCGAGUUCCUCUACGAUCAGUCGCCCGAGAGCAUGAGGAGCACUGCAGCUGCACUCUUCUGGAUAGCAAUAGCAAUGGGGAAUUACAUAAGCACCCUCAUGGUAUCUCUAGUGCACCAAUACACUGGCAAGAACAGAAACUGGCUACCAGACAGAAAUUUGAAUAGGGGAAGACUGGAGAAUUAUUACUGGCUUGUUACAGCAAUACAAGUAAUAAACAUGAUAUAUUAUGUGAUUUGUGCAUGGAAUUAUACAUAUAAACCCAUAAAUGAGCAAACUGAAACUGAAAGCGGUGAUGAAGAUUUGGAGUCAGCUGAGCAAAAUGGAAAAUUGUCAAAUUUCUUAGAUGCUGAUAAAGGAAAUAAAGAACUAGAGUUGGUGAAAAAUUAG